AAGUAGUGUUGUUUGUCUUUCAUUGUCACUUGAGGAAAUAUCAAGAUUGGUAUUACCAAAGUUUAUAAAUUUUGAGUUUUGUUGCUUAAGUUUUUGUUCUUUUUGUUUAGUGAUCAAAUCAUCCAAAUUUUGUUCACCACUUAUUUCUCUAGUGGUCUAUUUACUGUAGUUGGAUACCAAAACAUUUAAGAAACAACUUCAUUUUGUUGGUUGUUUUCAUCUCUCUUUUUUGUGGCUUUGUGAGUUUCAACAAUUAAAGCUUGUCUUGUGUGGUUCAUCUACCUAUCUCCCUCAUUUGAAAACUCAGCCAAAAUUUUCACAAUCUAAAGUAUUUUUCUUUUUACCCUUUUCACUAUAUAUAUAUAUAUAUAUAUAUAUAAACUAGUUUCUUGAAUUAUCUAAGCUAAGUUAAAAAAGCUAUCUUUUUUCUUUGAAUACAAUGUUUGUUUUCUUGAUUUCUUGCUUUUCCUUCAUUUUACUAGUUUCUAAGUCAUUUUUCAAGCCAAUGGGAGGUUUCUCAAAUGUGUGGUUUAGUGAAGAACUUGUAAAGUUCUUAGCUUUAUGGUUUAGUAAAGGUAGAAAUGCUAUUAGUUUCUUGAAUUUGCCACUAAUGACAGAUCAUGUUAAGUCAAAACUAGAGAAUGUUGUGGAGAAAGAAGAGGGAGUUUCUUUACUGGAUUUGCCUGAUUUGACAUUGGAAUGUAUUUUUGAGAGGCUUCCACCAAAUGGUCUUUGUAAUAUGGCUGCUGUUUGUACUUCUUUGAGAGAAAAAUGCACAAGUGAUCAUUUGUGGGAGAAGCAUAUGAAGGGGAAAUGGGGUGAAUUGAUUGGUUCUGCUGCUUAUAAAGAAUGGCAAUGCUAUGUUGUGUCAAGAAACAAAGCUUCCAUCUUGGAGAAAUCAAGAAAAAAAAGAGAACUUUAUGGGAAAUUUUCGAAGAUUAGGGAACUUUUAUGGGACAGAUCAAAAAAAGGAAAUGAAGAUGACAGCAAGAUUGGAAAUUCUUCAGAGAUGAGUUCAAUAAUGGAUUGGUACCUUUCUCUUGAGACUGGAAAGUUUUGGUUCCCGGCUCAGGUUUUUAACCGCGAGAAUGGACAUAUUGGUUUUAUGUUAUCUUGCUAUGAUGCUGAAGUUAGCUAUGAUUGUAGAACAAAUACUUUUAGCGCAAGGUAUCCAUCGUACGGGAGGAGAAUGAUAGAGGAUGAUAUAGAAUGGAAUAGACUAAGAGCACCAACUGUUGACACUCUUCCUUAUGUUCUUCAUGUAUCAGAUUGCUUAGAUGAUCUGCAACCUGAUGAUCAUAUUGAGAUUCAGUGGAGAAAAAGCAAAGAGUUUGCAUAUGGUUGGUGGUAUGGAGUUGUUGGACACUUGGAAUCUUGUAGUGGCAGCAAGUUGAAUUGCCAUUGUCAUGCCAGUGAGACAGUGCUGUUGGAGUUCAAACAGUACACCGCGGGAUCAAGGUGGAGGCAAACAGUGAUAAACAGAAAGGAUCACAGAGAAGUUGGCAAUGAAGGAGAUGGUUUUUAUGGAGGAAUCAGAAAGCUUUAUAGUGACAAAGAGAUUUCAUUGUGGAAUAGCCUCUUGCCUAACAACACUUUGGAGUAGCACAAAAACAAAAAAGCAUUUAAGCUGUUCUCAGUGUAAAUAGAAAGCCAAAUAGAGCACGAUUAGGCUUUAGAAUUUUCGCUCUGGUGUGUUCAGAGACAUGUACAUACAAGAUUGAAAGAGGUUAGGUUCUCUAUCAGUAGAGUCAUUGCCAAAACUAGACCUUACGAGCUGUUAAAUUCGAAUUAAUCAGGCUAGUGAGUUUUGGAUAUCACAAAAAAGAUGUUGUAAGAAUAUGUUUCCUAUGCAUGAUAAAUAGUUUAGUUGUUAUGAAGAGAUGAAAAUAAAAGCUUCUUUCUUGCAUCCUUUUUCCACUUCA